AUGUCCAAGAAACCUCCGGCAGCAAAGCCGGUCAAUGAUUUAAUAAGAUUUUGGGCCGCACAACAAGAAGAAAAAGCAGCAAAAACAGAACCAAGUUCACGAUCACCUCGACGUCCGUUGUCUCCAACUCAAUCAACACAACCCACACAAUCCAUACAAUCCACACCUUCGUCUCCAAAAGGUUCAGAACCAUUAUCACCAAGAUCAUGGAUCACCAAUAGCCCCUUUGGUUCGAAUUUAGCAAGUGCUCCGCCUCCGUUAUCGCCUACUCAACCAUUGCCUCCACCUAUGCCCAUUGUGAUUGAAAAAAAUAGCUCAUUGGCGAAUAAAUCAGUAAUAGCGGAUCGAUUAAAUGAUAUUUUUGGAAAUAAUGUAGAAACUAAUGAAGAAAAGACUAUUAAUGCAGAUAUUAAAAGUGAUACGUCGAAAAUUGACACAGUGAAAAAUAAUAAUAAUUCAAUCACACCCGUCGAAAAACCUUUUUCACCAAAAAAUACAAGUUUUAGUGAGCUUGGUUCACCUACCAGGACAGUUCCUCCAAAAGAUAUUUCAUUUCUCACUAAAACGCGCGAUGCUAAAACUCCGGUCCAACGCGAAACAAUUCCACAAGCAAAAAAAGUAUCAAAUUUGGUGUCUCAGUUUGAAAAAGCAGUAACACCACCUACUUCACCUACCGCUUUAUCACCCGUCAAACGAUUUAAUACUAUUCCAGAUCCAUUGAAUUCAUCAUCCAAACCAAUACCACAACCUAUUUUGCCACCUGUUAAACAAGUCUUUAUCGAAAUAUCUCCAAAGUCUACUCAUAAUGUUAAUAAUGUUGGUGGUACUAGUGGUAAUAACGGAUCUAGUUCUAAUAACGGCGGAUUUAAUACUAAUAGCACUAAUACUGCUAAUAAAAGAUUUAGUGUUAACGUAAACGAUACACCGUUAACUAGAGGUCUUGUGACGCAAAAUGAACAAGAACCUCUAAAAAUAUCAACUUCUAAUAUUGCUUCUGAUGCGAGCUCUGAAUCAUCUGGGACGUCAACACCAACAGCAUCUACACCUGUGUCAACAUCACCAAAAAAAUUGGCAAAGAGAAGGAGUAGACCUCUUCCAAGACCGUUAUCUAUCACAACUCCAGUAUCUCCUAAAUCGGCGUCUUCAGCGUUUAUCCCGCAAACUAUUCCAGAAAUAUUGCCAAUAACAACCUCCAAUGAUGAAUCAAAAAUUUUAUCUUCUGCGUCAUCGCUUAAGUUAUCAGUUCGUGAAUCAGCAUCAAACACAGAGGCCGUUUCACCUAUGUCAUUACUUUUUGUUGAUGGUUUGCCACAAAUACAACCAUCUUCACCUUUACAUAUAACGAUGCCUGAACCGUUGUUUACAAAACAUGACAAUUACUCAUCUUCUACGAUCUCACAAAUCUCACAAAUCUCGCAAUCUACAUAUUCCACUUCAACUCAAUCAAGGCGAGAAUCUAUAAUAUCAUCCAGUAGAGAUUCAACAAUUAAAAGAACGAAUCAGCAAGAAUUAACUCGACUUCCCGAGGUGUCAUCACAAUCUUCUGGUUCACGUACUCAUAUUUAUCAAACACAACCUUCAUUGUCGGAUGUUUCAGAUUUGUCAUUUACAUUUGAAUCAACGAUUCAACAAUCGUUAAAGUCGGAUACUCGCAAUUCUGUUCAACGAGUUUUAACACCAAUACCACAAAUCAGAUCAAAAAGCCCUGAAACUAUUUCAAUUAAAAGUACUGAAACGGUCACAACUAAAGGACAAGGAUAUUCGGAAUUAGUUUUACCAGAAAUUAAACAAACUUCACCAAUGUGGGGUCCUUUACCUAAUAAUUAUUCACCACCAUCACCAAUUCAUUCAUUCACCCUUAGUGAUUCAUUAUAUUCAGUUCCAAAAUCAUCGAUUCCAGAAACUCGUUCAAUAACUUCGGCAUAUUCAACUAGAAGUACUUUACCUGAAUUAUUACCAGAAAUUAAACCAACAUCCCCAAUGUGGGGUUCCAAUAAGGAUACAAAUUUUUCAUUUAAUGAUGAUUUAUUACCACAAGCUACUCCUAUAUCACCUAUAAAAUUUGAUAUACCUGAACUUGGAUUAUUAGAACCUUUAGCAAAAGUUCAACAAUCAUCAACGCAUAAAGAUCAUACAUCAACAGCUCCAUUGAAACGUGAAUUACCUGAUCCAUUAUCAAAUACAUAUACAUCACCAAAUUUAAUAUCUGAUGGUGAUAAAAAUAAUUGGGGAUUUUGGAAUGAUUCUCCUCCAGAAUCACCUAAUAAAUUUAAGUUAGAUUUGGAUCGAUUUAAUAAUUAUUUAAGUAAAAAAGAUCCAGACGGUGAUCAUGGUGCUACAGGAUUAAAAAAGGGAAAAGGAAGAAAGUACAGUACUUUUUUAGACAAAACAAACAUUGACCACCCGGAUGUUUAUAAAGUUAAAGCUGGAACAAAGUUAGAUAAACAUAAAUCUUUACCAUUAACACAAGAUGACAUUACUCAUAAGAAAGAAAUUCAUGAAACUCGUAUGGAAAGUGAUAAAAUGGAUCAAAGUGAUGAUUAUAUAAAUUCAGAAGAUAAUAAUAUUCCAAUAUUUCAAAGGAAACAAACACGUCCAUCAAGAAAAUCGAUUCCAAAUUUUUAUCCUUCAAAAUCAAAAAAAUCCAAAUUAACCGAUGAACAACCACAUGGAAUGACAAUAAAAUUACGUAAAUCGGGAAACUUUCAAACAUUCCCUUUAUCAGAUGGAUCAAAAAUUGGAGCUAAACGACAAAAAUGUAAACCAAUACAAAUUUUAAAAUUUCCUUAUAGUACUAUUAGACCACAAAGAAAUACUUUAUCAUCAGCUAGUGCACUAAAAAAAAAUCCAUUUCUUAAAUCAAUUAAAAGAAAUUUUGGAGAUCGUAAUUUACCAGAAUAUACAUUAUCAAAAAGUAAAAUGUCAUUUAUGGUACCACAUAAUUUAGCAUCAGUAGAAUUUGGUAAACUUAAUCAUUCUGUACCUGAUCUUACAGUACGUGUAAGACAUCAAAAAUUUAGUGAAGCAUAUAGAAAAAUUAAUAUGACAGUACCAGAUUUUACAAGAUUUGAUUCAGUAAUGAAAGAUUUUGAAGGAAAAAAGAAAACGGAAUUUAAUAUUCAAAUAAUGAAUAAUGAUUUAGAUUCUGAUCCUUCAAAAAUAACCAAAUUUAGUAUUAAUCCAUUUGAUGAAUCUGAAUCAAAUGAAUUAUUUAAAUCUGGUUCUCCUUGGAUACAUUUACCACAUUUAGAUGAAUUUAUAAAAAGUUUACCACAAUCGGAUUUUUCAAAUCCAAAAGAUUUAAUGACACAAGAAGAAUAUGAAAAUUUUAUAACAUCAAGUAAUAAAUUAGGAAAAUAUGCCGAUUCUUUAUUCCCACCGUUGAAUCAGAUUCCAGAUGAAGUUUCUCUAGAUGAACUUAAAUCUAAUAUAACUAGUAAAGAGAAAUCACCAAUGCAUAAUGAUUUAAUAUCUACAGCUAUUGAUGGCGUACUUAUUGCUGAAGCUUCAGCAUUUGGAAAUACAUUUAUGAAAUUAGAAAUUUUAAGAGAUUUUAUACAAUUUUUAACACUUGCAUUGGCUUUUGGAAGCGCAGGAACCGUUGAUGGAUGGUUAAAAAUUUUAUUAAAUACUAUACCAAACUUUUUAACUUUAUAUUGGUUUAGAAUGAUGACUAAAUGGGAUCCCAACGCCGACGCUGAGGGACUUGAAACAUUUCCAUGGAAUUUACGUCCUCAAGAAAAACGUCGUCAUAAUAUAGUAAUAGUAUUCAUCUUAACAACCCUUUACCUUCCUCUAUCAAAACUUUCAAUAGACGCUUUAGUAUGGUCUAAAACAUUUUGGCCAGUUGGUAAUGGACAAAAUGUUUGUUAUGUAACUAGUAUGAGAAAUGGUGAUUUAAAUUUUUCACCAGCGAUCAUAGUAGUUGCUUUAAUAGUAUUAGGAGUAUUUACAAUUUGGUUUCCUAUCGCUUUAAAAAGAUUGGUAGAUAAAAAUUAUCCAAAGAUUGAUAGAUUUAAUGAAGCUGGAGAAAAGAUUACUGAUGAAAUUAAAGAAUAUUCCAAAAGAUUGGAAGAUGACCUUUGUCCUUAUAAUUUCUUGUAUAAUGGGUAUAGUGAAAAAUGGGCAGCUUAUAAAACAUUCAUAAUGGGCAAUAAAUUUCUCAGCAUCUUAUUAAUUUCUACAAUUUCUGAAGAAAAUUGUAUAUUCCAUUCUACACACGAAACUACUAGCAUUUCAUUAGCUCGUCAAUCAUUACAAAUUUUUUUAAUGCUUAUGCUUUUAUUCAUACAUUGGAGAAGUGAACCAUUCCUCCAUCAUUCACAGAACAUUAGUGAAUAUUUGUCUCGAUCAGGUUAUGUUAUUGCAGCUAUUUUAGGAAUAUUUGUAGUAUUAAAAAUUGGAGAUUAUUAUAUAGUUUCUAUAAUUUUAGUGAUUAUUAAUUUAUUAAUUGGACUUUUGGUAGUUUGGCAUUUAUUUAAACAAACGAAUGGAUAUAAAAGAUUUGUUAAGAAUAUGAAAAAACGAUUAGAUUUUAGUCUUAAUAUAUAUUCACCAAAAUUAGAUUUUUCUAAACAUAUUAAACGUCGAGUAUGGCAAGAAACUUGGACGGCAUUAAUUUUAACAUCUGAUCAACUUAAAAUACCACCUGGAAAAGUCGUAGCUUAUUCACAAUCAUCUCAUAGACCUCCAUAUUUAUUAAAUUUUUCAGGAAGUGUUGCAGAACGACAUGUAGAAAAUUUAAAAAUUAUGAAACAAAUUGGGAUAAAAAAAUAUACAACAUCUUUGGCUCCUUUACCUAUUUCUUUAGAAAAAUUAAGAUUAAAAAUAGUAAAUAAUUUUGUUGGACCUGAUAUGUAUUACGCACCAGAAUUUUUAAACAUUAAUAUAAAAACAUAUUUUGGUAAAGCAUAUGUAGUACCAUUUCCAUUUAGCGUAGUAAUGUGUUAUGAUGAUGAUGAUAGUAUAGUUGUAUUAACACAAGAAUGGGAAAUUCGACGGUACGUAGAACAGAAUGAAAAUAAAGAAAUUCAAAGAAGAAGGUUGGUUAGACAGAUGAUUAGAUCUUUGGAAGGAAAAAUUAUUCUUGGACCUUGUUGUGCGAAAGAAGUUCAUUAUCAUCGUGGUCUCCUUCAAAUCAGACGUAACCAACGUUCAAAAUGGCGAGGUCAAAACAUGAAUUCAGGAUUUGAAAUUGCCAUUACUUAUUCUGAUAGAAUUAAAACUGGCAGUACAUCAUCAUCUCGAUCAGAUAGUUCAACACUUAGUGAAGGAACACCAUUUCAUGAAAUAACAGUUGGUCACAACAUUAUUGGAAUUACAGCCGAUUUUCAAAUGACACCUCAACUUGAACGAUUAUUUACCGAUAAUUAUGAAACUUUAUCUAAAGGAUUAGAUUUAGUUCAAGCAAUAAUGCAACAAUAUAGGGAUUAUUAUAAAGACGAAGCAGUUAAAAAGAUGGAAACAUUAACAUAUGGAUUUUUUAUAAAUGUAUUUGAUAAUCCUUCAAUACCAUUAGAAUCAUUACCAGCUUUAUUAAUGGCGACUGAAACCAAUGAAAAAGUUCGAUCAAUUCCAGAAACAGAAUAUUCAUCACUUAUUUAUUUAUAUGAAAGAAUGAGAAUAAUAAAUUUAUCAAGAGUACAUCAAUGGUGGUACUUAUUUUGGGAAGAUCUUUGGAGAAAAAAUCAUAAAGAAAUUGAAGAUUUAAAAAAAUAUCCUCAAGAUUUUUCACCAUCUUAUAGAACAAGUUUAUGUUAUAGACCAAUGAUAAGAUUGGAAUUAGAAGAAUUUUUACAAAAACGAGGUCUUUGGAAGAAUGAAGGACGUGAUGGAUUUUUACAUUCAGGAAUUUUAAAUAGGAUUUACUUAUAUUUAAAUAAUGUGGUAUUUGGAAGGAAUUCCGGUUCUAAACGAAAGAAUAAUAAAGGUGGUGUGGAAGAAAUGCCGAGAACGUGGAGUAUAGUAAAAGGAAAUAGUAUUGAUAGUAAUGAAUAUACGUUACGUGAAAAAGAUGUGAAAACUAUAAAAGAUCGAAUGUUGAUAAUGAAAGAUUUGGUGUUAAGACGGGAAACAAACCUUUCUAGAACUAGACCGUUCUUUGUAUUAAAAGACGAGUAUGUAGAUAUUGAUGACGAUGAAAGUGAGGGGAUCAAUAGUUCUAGUGACGAAGAAACAUGCAUUAAUUUUUGA